CAUUCGUUUUGGUGCCGCCCAGAGGAUCAGCUCCGCCCUACGGGUAGCGCCGUAAAUUCGACUGUCCGACACUGGACCCGUGUCGGAUCCGCAGAAGUGGACGCGCCUUUACAAUAACGGUUGAAGUUGCUAAACCAAGAGCAGACAGAGUCAUAUCAGUGGAGAUUUUCUUUCCUGGGACACGGUUGCGCUGAACUAUUUGAAACAAAAAUGAAUAGAAAGACUGUGCCUGUCUCCUUAUCAACCUUAAGACGAAGGACACGUGUAGACGUUCAAAAAAGGCAUCAUCAAAUUAGGACAUACUUGACUGACAUGGACAUGACAGGAACAGGGGCAGAUGACAGAGUUCUUUCUGAGAACACUGCCCCACCCUCUUCAGCUGCACAUGCAAUGCCAGAGGUGCAAGUUGUUAUUGAAGAUGACAUGGAAUUGGAGGCAGAUUUUGAUGAUGUGUACAUUACUCUGGAUGAAAAUUUGCUGAUGCCUUUUCAUCUAAUUGAGUUUCAAGCAAGCGGGGACAUUGCUGUUGUGCCAGUUGACUGGUAUGAUGACGGGAUGGUGUACUGGCCCAGCUUUAAGAGCACUGAACGUGUGAAACGGGCAGCUGCUAACGAGGAGAAUCAUGAGCCAAACUGGCCAAGAUAUGACGUAAAGGUCGUCAGAACUUGUGACAACUACAAAGACGCCAUCAGGCUAAUGAAUCAAUAUCAGUCUGGCUGCAAUGCCUCUGAGCUACAGUCUGAGGCAGAGCAGGAGGGUGAGCUCCCAGAGAAACGCGUCAGGAAGCCAAUCCAUCGUUUUGGGGACUCUGAUGAGAGUGAAGAAGAGCCAGAAAAUUGGGACUUAGCUUCUCUGAGGUCGCCACGACCUUCCAACUCGGCUGGUGUAUCAGUUGGAGCCUCAAGCCCAAACCAAUUACACUGGCAGACUCCACCAUCUCGCCGAGUGCCAGGCAGCAGAGUCACUACUCAACCUGGAGGAAACUGUCUAGCACCUGACCAUGGGGCCAGACCGCAACACCCUUCACCACCUCAACUCUCUGCACCUGCAUUUAACAUGAGGAGGGUUACUCAAGGAACGGCAGUCCUUCCUCACCUCCCUCCACCCACCGCACCAACCCUCAACAUGAGGCGAACAGAGGAGCCCUCUUCAAGCCUGGCCUACAGACCAACAUGGCGAGGGGGAAGAACGACCGAUACCAUUCCCUGCUCUGCGGCUGAGUUCCACAUCCUUAGCCUGCUGGAGACCAUUAAACAGCAACAAGACCAGCUUGUGGUAAAGGUGAACUACCUCAGCAGCAGGCUGAACAGCACCCCGGGGCCAGGUGUUGAGAUGCCGGACAAUAUCCAGUUUCCCCUGGAACAAUUGGAGGCAGUGGAAGCAUUUGAAGUGUUUUUAAAGGAACCGUCAAAUGGCCCAGCUCGACAGAGAGUGAUUUCUUCUUUGGCCACCAUUGGAGGUCAGGAUGUGAAGAGAGUGACCUGGAACAUCCUGGCCAGGCUCUUCACAGAGGAGGUAUCUCAUCAGAUAAACUGGAAGGGUGUUAAUAACAAAAAGUCCUUCAGUAGGAUGGCAACGAAGAUUUUGCUUUUCAGUGCUGUGAGGAAAAACACAGUGACACGGUCAGCCACGGACGCAGAGGUCACCAAGCACGCAAUCAGGUGGUUCAACCUGGCAGCGGAUCGGGCAACGAGGAGACGUGUCCUGCUUCAAGCCACACAAACGGAGUAAUAGGAGAAAUAAACAAUAUUUUUAUUGAACCUCUGGUCGUUCACCAGUUAAUCAUUUUCUGAUAUUUUAGCUGUGCAUUUCAUUGAAGUUUUAGCCUAAUGGAUAAAAUAUUUUGUCUGCACCGACCUAGGCCUAUAAAGCACUAAAUUAGGUUUUGACCAC